AUGAGCUCGGCAUAUGGAGAUGCAUAUGCUGUUAAAGUGACUUCUGGCGUAUUGGUCACUUGUGAUUCAGCCGCCAAACAGAUCUUGCUUCAUCUAGAUUCAAAGAGAGAUGGCCCUUAUAAAUUCAUGAUUCGUGAUAUCGACGAAACUCACAUGAUCAUUAAAAGGGAAUACGUAGAUGAAGUGAGAGAUUCACUCCAGGACGAGCUCGAGAAGAACACUUAUGUCCAAGAUCCAAAUUUAUAA